GCGUUCCGAUUGCUCUCCCGGCCGAAACCGAGUCUCCAAGAAUUUUCCGGCUUUGUCUUCGUCGCGCGAGAGAGAGAGGGCGGGAGAGGGAUUCUCGUUUGCAGGCAGCUAUAGCGACGAUUAUGGCAACGGUUGUGAAGAAAAUCGUGUUGAGUUUUGUCAAUAUUUUUUCUGUGAUGUUGUUUGGCUACGUAAUCAACGGUACUUGCAGGAGUCAGGUUUCGUUCGCCGUGAAGUGCCUGGUUAUAUUGGGGUGCUGUAUCGUUAGCGUGCUGGGAUCUCUGUUCGUGGAUUCGCUCAAGGGCGAUCGGCAGCAGAGUCAGUCGGCGAUCGAAGGAACCGCCGACCCGGCGAGGAAGGAAAACUGAUCGUGCAACCCUGAUAUUUGUUUGUAAUAGUGGUAAUUUCUGAUCUUAAAUUGACGUUCUAGUGUUUUGUGAAUGAAAAAUCUGAUGGCCUGAGACUCAGUUAUGUGAAUCGUUGUAAUCAUGAUCAGUUUAGAAAAUUUCUCUUGUUAUGUGAUUUGUUCGUGUGAACUGUGUCCGGAUUCCUUGGAGAAGACUAUGCCUAACAUAUGCUCGAUGAAAUGCCCCUGAGGAAACAUAGUUGGAAAUUA